AUGGGAGAUGAGGUUGGAGCUUUCAUUCUAAUUGGUUUCAAAACUGAUGGAAAUGCAAAAAAAAAGGUAAAUAUAAAUUGAAAGAAAAACAGUUCCGGAGUACGUCCUGAUGAGUUUUCGGUGGUAUGAAAAAAAAACCAGCUAAUUUUCGAACGGCGACUUUUCCUAUUUUUCAUAUGGAACUUUCCGACGAAUCUCUUUCCGACUUUUUUUCCUUUAUGGUUUUCGGUUUAUAAAACAUUUAUUAACAAUUUUUUUUCCUAUUUCUUUGUAUUUAAUCAUGAAUAACUUGCCUACUUUACAUAAGAAGAUUCAAAACUAAGAGUUUAUCGAGAAAAAGAAGUCGGAAAAAGAUUCUUCGGAAAGGUGGUCGUCGUAAAGUUCCCUAGCGAUAUGAAAAAAUCGGAAAAGUCGCCGUUUGAACUUUCGCUGGUCUUUUUUUAUAGCACCGAGUUUUCGGCUUUCCAUGAGCGGACAUUCAGCAGGUUUUUAGGGAACUAUAGGAACGAAAGAGAGAAGAACGUAACCGAUACGUUUUUCUAGGUUACUAUAAGAUAUCCAGAUAUUUUUCUGCUUGAAAAGUGAAUCACAGGCCACGAAUGGCUUCGCCGUUGUCCGGCCACCGGGCCACCACGCCGAUUCCGACUCUGCCAACGGUUUUUGCAUUUUCAACAAUGCUGCCCAAGCGGCUGAAGCUGCUUUCAACUUCGGAGCCGACAGGUUUUUCGCUUAUCGAAUGGAAAGGAAAAUUAAGAUGUUUCAGAAUAUUAAUAGUGGAUCUUGACGUUCACCACGGUCAAGGUACUCAGCGGAUAUUCUACGACGAUAAAAGGUGACUCAAGUUUUAUCGAUGUCCUUUAUAUUCCUUCUAGAGUUCUUUACUUUUCGAUUCAUCGUUUCGAGAACGCCAAAUUCUGGCCACACCUUGCGGAAUCAAAUUUUGACCACAUCGGAGAAGGUGCCGGUGUUGGCUACACAGCAAAUGUUCCUCUCAACGAGGUGAAAAAUUUUUUUAAGCGAGAUAAAGACAAAAUUGAAGACUGGCUGUGGAGACGCAGACUACUUGGCGAUCCUCUGGAACGUCCUUAUGCCCUUGGCCACACAGUUCGACCCCCAUUUCGUCAUAGUUUCUGCAGGUUACAUAUCAAAACGAAAUCGUAAUUAGCAGAACAGAUUUUGAAGAACUCCUGAAAAAAAUGGUCUUCCACACGGUAUGAAAAAUAAGGUAUAUUCAAGUUUCUUCUUCUCUCGUUCCCCAAAACAUAUCGUCAUGAUCCCGAUCCUGGUUGAUAAAACGUACAUAGAUUCUAUAUAUACAUUUUUUUUUUUCUCCGCAUAUGUCUUCUUUUGAGCUCUAUUCGCGGAUUGAAGAAGUUAUAAUCGUUUUUUAUUUUCUGUGAGGGAGAAAUUGGAGGUACUGAACAUGUUUCCAGGGUUCGAUUCUUGCCAACACGACCCAGUUGGGGGGAUGUCGCUAUCUUCCGACGGCUACUCUCAUCUCAUUUAUCAGCUCAAAUCUCUCGCUCAGGGGAAAAUGUUGAUGAUUUUGGAGGUUUUUGAAUGGAACAUUUCCUUUUCUCUCGUUUCAAUACGUUGGAACUCUCUCAGGGCGGCUACAAUCACGAGGUUUCCGCUCAAACUGCGCAAAGAUGUCUUCGCGUUCUGCUCGGCAGUUCACCUUUCUCCUUAAGUUUGUCCCAAAAAGCUAAAGAAAGGUUUUCUUCUCACUUUUUGACUUUCAAUUUUUCUAUUCAGUACCAUCGCCUCCUGUCUUUCAACUAUAUCUGUACUUCGUAACUUUUGGCCUUGCUUUGAUUUUUACAAAAUAAAAUCGACUCCUCGAACUUCGCAGUGGGAUAUGUAAGUUGAAGGAUAUUCCACAGUUUCAAUUCGAUGAUGGCAGAUAUAAUCCGAGAUGCUUCACCUCAAUUCCACUGGAAGAAGAAAGGAAGAACACCGAAAAUAUUGAUCAAGAGAAGCUCGAAAAAGUUCAGUUGAAAGAAGGUUCGUAAUCCGUUCAGAACCGAUGCAUUUGGAAUUUUGAAGUUUUUUUUAUUGAUUUAGAGAAAGAUUUUUGGCUGUGCAGCUGUUUUUCAUGAAAGAUGACAAUAGUAAUUUGCAGCUACUCAUAAGCCAGCUCAAACUUUGAUUUACUACGACGCGGAGAAUUAUUUGCACGCAGACUCUUCUGAAUGCGAUCAUCCAGAGAGACCGGCGAGGACUGAAAGCGUAGGUUUUUGGAUAAAGUCUCUUUUUUUGUUCCAAAACUCAGAAAAAGACUGUUUUCCAGAUUAUUGCCAAGUUGCGGUCGAGUCAAAUCCUCGAAAAAUGUGUCGAGAAACAAAACGAGCGUUUGGCAACGGCUGCGGAGCUCGAGUUGGCCCAUGAAAGGCCUUUGAUUGAAAGAGUUCGGCGGACCAAAAAUGUUUGUUCGGCUCACAUUCAUUGCACAAUCAAAUGAUAACUCAAACGACUGUAAAAACAUUUGAACUGAAGAUUGAUCUUCGGUUCUUCCAUUCAAAACUCUCAGAGUUUUUUGAUGGUUGCUUAUAUUCUUACAAGUUAUUUUCAAUAUUUUCAUAGGAAGAUACAGAAAGAAAAAUCUGGAAGUCGAUAAUGUGAAAAAAAGAUUUUUGCAAAAAGAAAGUCGUUCAGAUGAGCUACGAAGAACUGCGACAAGAAGAAUCGCGUCUCGACUCGAUUUUCCUCACAAACGACACGUUUGACGUCGCCGCCCGCGCUGCUGGAGCUUCUUUACAGGCUAGAAUUAUUUUUUUCGAACUUAUCGGACGAUAA